AUGGUGUUAGGAGAAAAUGUUAAGAGAUGUCACAAUUCAUUUUCACUCGUACUCUUUCUCAUCUUCUCUGGUUUCUCCUUCUUAAUCAGAUUGAUUCCUUCACUCAUACUUGGGUAUACGCAGCUGAACACUAAGUGCAAAUUGUUGCGGCAUGACCUCGAUAAACUUAAGAGCCACCAAGAAGCUGGAGACACUCCCGAAAAAGCAUUUACUGCAGUAUUUGGCAAAGAACAACCAGGAAGAGUUCGAUGUUAUGGGAGGACAAGCACAAAAACAUCUCUGCAGAAAGAACGGGAGAUUGCUAAAAUUAAGCAACAACAUACAGAGACUAUAAGUUCAAUGAAAACUGAACUUCAUGAGACAAAAGAUAGAGUCCAAAGUUUGGAGGAUCUUGUGAAGCUUCUCUUGCAACAGAGUUCUCUUGGCACAGAUAUUGAUGAAGCACUAUCUUUAUUACGAGCCAAGGAAUCAACACAUGAUAUAAAUAGUAAGCAAUGUUCGAAUGGCAACGAUCGUCCUUCCUCAUCAACUCGUGAUCCAAAGUGAUGACCAGGUAUAACAAAAAAAUUUGCAGUAAUUUUUGUGAUUUAUCAUUUAUUGGGAAUGGACUAUCAACAUUUUUGGCCUUUGCUUUCUCUGUCUUCUGCCAUCUUACUUCAUGGUGACUUCUGCAAUACACUCUUGCUAUUUUUAAUCAAUCAUCUUUUUUUCUUUUUCU